CGUGGCGGGCACCGGCCCGAAGCCUGUAAGUCUGGGGACCCCUGCUUUAGAGAGUGCUAGGUCCUCCUCUGAAGAGGAUUUCUCCAGGAGGGACAUUUCAGUUACAGAGUGUCCAAAUCUGUACAAAUUUGAAAUGUUCAGAAUGCCAUCUUGUUUCAAAGCACUACCCCAUCCUAGGCACAUGUAGACCAAAACUUGUUCCUUAAUCUCAGAAACAAGUCCAUGCCAAAUUUGGUUACGAUAUCCUAAGAGGUCGUUCUGAAUGCAUAGACAAUAGACAUUAAAGCUUUCCAAAAUAUCGAGAUAAUAUAGAAAGAUUAACAUUUUAGUACCUUAGAGUUAGGAAUAACGCUUUCCAUUCCAGCUUUUCUCAGUAACCGCAAGGGAUUCCUCCAGCCAUUUUUAAAAUCUAGGUUUUCUGCUUUAUCCAACAUUUAACACCGAUAUUGAUAUUCUUGAACUACAGCUCCCAUCCUCCCUGAGACCAUGUUGGAGUCUAACCUAAGGUUACCAGAUUUAUUUCAAUGAAUCCAGGGACUAAAUAAAUAAAUAAACGACCCCGCGCACCUCUCACCCAGCAGCAGCGCCCAGCACCCUGUCUUUAGCCCCUACUCCGAGUCCCCAUAUGAUGUGUCUUGUGCGCAACACAUCAUAUGGGGACUUCCAGUGAGGCAAAAUGGUGGGCACCACAUUAGCGGGCAGCACUUAAAGCUAGCCAGAGCCAACUGUGCUACUAGGCUGGCUCCGGGCUGCUGAGACUGCUGCUGCUGCCGCCACGUUUCCUGGGGACAUUACGGUAGAUGAAAUCCAGGGAUGGAAUUUUUCCGGGGACAAAUUUGCAAAUCCGGGGACUAUCCCUGGGAAACGGGGACGUCUAGUAACCCUGGUCUAACCACAACUGGAGGGCCAUGGGAUCCCUGUAAAGAUCUCUGUAUCUCAACACCCAUUGAAAUUGAGCUAACCUGUUACAAACAAUGGUAAAACCUUAAAUCAUUAUCACCUUACUUGCUCCUUCAUUUAUUCACCUGUCAGCAUGAUUGAAUAGUGAGGGAGAAGUCUGACAGUUUUAAUUUCUCACUGCUUUUGAUUUUUCUCCACAUUAGUUUGUGAUUUAAAAAAACAACAUCCUAAUGAAAAAAUAUCAGCAUUCUAGUGUAAAUUUAUCCUAAUGCUGAUAUUCUGUAUGCAAUUUUGCCUAAUGUACAUCCUAUUGCAAAGUAACUUAUCCAUGUGUCUAGUUACAGGUAGGUAGCCGUGUUGGUCUGAGUCGAAGCAAAAUAAAAAAAUUCCUUCAGUAGCACCUUAAAGACCAACUAAGUUUUUAUUUUGGUAUGAGCUUUCGUGUGCAUGCACACUUCUUCAGAAGUGUGUGUUCAGCUUGAGUAUUUUUUUUAGAAAUUUGCAUUAAAUGUGAACUGAUUUAAAACCAAAAUUAGGUAAAUUUGCUUUUAAAAAAAAUCCUUCCAGUCUUCUUCUUCUUUGGCGAUCACUCAUAGCCGAGUAAGAUUGUCUUCCAUAAACACGAUUUUAACAAUGGGUCUGUAAGUGACUGAGGAGGCCAAUUCUGGAUCCACACAUCCUUCCACAGUGGGGACAUUGGUUUCCAGACAGGAGUUGAUCACAGUGUGGAUUUGCCAAGUGUGCCUUCCUCUUAGCACGUUUCUCCCUUGCGUCCUGAGUUUGAGUGUCUUCAAAGCCCAUGACACCUUUGGUAAAGGCUGUUCUCCAACUGGAGCGCUCGCAGGCCAGUGUUACUCAGUUGUCAGUUUUAUACUACAUUUUUUAAGAUUUGCCUUGAGACAGUCUUUAAACCUCUUUUGUUGACCACCAGCAUUACGCUUUCCAUUUUUAAGUUCGGAGUAGUUGCUCUCCUUCCAGCAGCAGGGUCAGAUAACCCCAUUCCCUCCUUCAUUUCUCUGAAGAAAAUAGGAAAAGCGGGACACUGGGAUCAAAUCAGAAACCGGGACAGCUUAGGAAAAUCUGGGGCUGUCGCUGGAAAAUAGAGACACUUGUGAGGUCUGUGACUUCAAUAUUUUAGAGUUGGGUACAACAGUUUCUAUUCCAGCAUUUCUCAGCAACUGUAAGAGUUGAAGAUGCAAAGAGAGAAUCAAGCUGCAAAAACUGUUUGCUCAGCCUGCUUUUCUAAUCUGGUCCCCUGCUUGCUUAAAACUGGCUUAACAUGGAUAACAAGCAUUCCGCUACACUCGCAGAUUUUUUGGACUACAAUUCCCAUCAUGCUCAUUCAUGCUGGCUGGGGCUGAUGGGAGUUGGAGUCCCAAACUUACUUUCUACAGACUGUCUCCCUCAAGAUUCUGUUAUGCAGCACAUUUUUGAAAUUGAGCUCAUCUGUCCUAAACAACCUUAAAUUCUCAUUGUCACCUCAUUGACUCACCUCCCUGUCCCCAUGAUGGAUUUGUGAAAGCAUUCCUGGGAAACUUAGCAGCACCAACGGGAAAAGGAGUGAAAUAAGUACGUAGUGGAGUAUCUAGCUCCCUGAAAUAGAAACAGAAACAGAAACAGAAACCAGAAAAAUACAAUUGCUGAAAGCCAAGGAAUCAGCCUUUUGCCUUUUCUCAAAAAUUGCUGUUUAAGUACAGGGGAGGUCAAACGGCAAGUCUUGCAUACAUCUCAGAAAUGUUUCAUAAGGCAACCAAAUCUUUUUCCAAGGAACUGGACCCAACAGGAGAUUUGAUCCCAGUACGAAGCGUUAUAGACCAACAUCAUUUUAGGCCUCUCUGCCUGGUUCAAAGAAAGAGAAAGCAGUCGUGGUGGCAGACCAGCCGUUUUCAGAGAACUGAAUACAAGCUAAGUGAUGUGCUGUUAUCGGGAGACCAUGCUGCAAAACUAGAAGUCCAUGGUUCAGGUUCAUUGACCGUUAUGGACCACGUAGAUGGAAAAGCGGAGGGAAAUAUUGGUGGGGGGGUUGAAGAGACAAGAGUAGAAGCGGCGGCAGCUGUUAGUAUGUCUCACUCGAGGUCUGUGAACGUGAGAAAGAUCUAUGUCCACUCCCAACUCCUCGAUUCUGCAACAAGAGAUGGGAAAAUCAACUUGCAACAUGAGUUCAUUAAACAAUCAAAGAUGAUUCAAAGGGACCUGUUUGUGAUCCAUGAGGCAGUGGAGACCAUGGAAGAGACAAAGUUCGAGGAAUCGAGCAAUGCUGAAGGCAACAUCUUUUACGACACCUGGAUCAAUCUGAAACUGAAGGGUGGCAGAGGCAGUAAAAAAGCAAUCAUCAUCCCCCAAUCCUGCAUUCUGGCAUUCAGAGCCAAGCAACUAUUAUUUGGAGAGAGAGAUGCAAGUAUUUUGCACUAUCCCUCCAAGGGAAGAGGAACUUUUGUGAUCUCAAAAAUCAUCAGAGUACAGGACAAGAGUAAAGCCAUACAGCACGAAGUUAAGGAAGAAUUUGUAGAAUUCUCGUCAUUAUCUGCAAUGCUGCGUGGCAAAUUUCUAACUUGCUUUCUGGUGAUAAUGAGAGAGAAUGACUUGUUGCAGGAACUGGAGCUCCAGCUGGAAGAGGCUCUUGAAGGCACCGGUCAAUUUGAGCUGAAGGCUGGCAAACCAGAGCUGCGAGACUUGGUGGAGAAUUUACAAGAUUCCAGUGGGGACAUUGUCACUGACCUUGUUAAGGCAGUCCUCUACUUCCUUUACGCUCUAGAUGAAUUGACAGAGGAGCAGCUGAUACUCCUGGCAGAAUCUGUGGAGAAGAAGAUUGUGAACAUUCAGCUUGCACUGGUCGAAAGCAUCCUAGAUAAGGACUUCAGCAGAAGAGAAAAAGUGUUUACCAUAGAAGCCAAGCUCUUAAGCGAAGAGGAAUUGAAUAUAACUGGAGCAAUCAUCCAACUGAGUGGAGUCGCAGUGCAAAAAAGUGGAUCCAGUCUUGCUGGGACUGGAAGUCCUGCUGAUUUCUCAGCUCUCUGUGCACUAUAUGUAGCUCUGUAUGCACUCAAUACCCUGUCUACAUAGGUAUCUACCCAUGUUUCUCCGAAAAUAAGACACCGUCUUAUAUUUAUUUUUCUUCAAAAAACCCCCACUAUGGCUUAUUUUCAGGGGAUGUAUUAUUUUUUCCCUCCUCCUCCUCCUCCUGCCGCGGCCAGCAUUGCUGCUGUGCCUAUCACUAUGUCUUAUUUUCAGGCUAUGGCUUAUAUUCCUUGAAUGCUUAAAAAUCCUGCUAUGGCUUAUUUUAUGGCUACGUCUUUAUUUUCGGAGAAACAGGGUAUAUGUUCAGAAGUCAGUCUCACUAAAUUCAAUAGAGCUUACUCCCAGGAAAGUGAGUACAGGGUUGCCGUGUUAGUCUUUUCUCCUCUUUGCAUUCUGACCCUCUAGAAUCCCACAGUAUGCACUUUGUUUACGCCUUUAAGUCUAAUGCUUGUUCAUGGAUAGAGAUCAUUGCUUUAAUCCAGUGCCCCUGCUGUCACCCUGCUAUCUAACAUGUAUAACUAAGGAUCAGUUCAGAUUUAAUGAGGAGCCAUGGUUUCCAUCCAUAAGAAUGAGCUGAAGAUUCCCCCUUCCACCUUCAUUUGUGCCUGCAAGAAGACUGAAGGUUUCUAAUCUUCUAACCAUCUUCACUCAGAGCCAUAGAACAGCCUAUUGGAAUGUGAGUAAUAUUUCUACAUGUGCCUUGAUCAUCUUCAAUAAAUCUAUGAAUGAGAGCUUUGUGGAGUUUUGUUAAUACUAUCCAGAAAGAGAGAAAUCUCCAGAUGGAACAAUGGGGGUUUCUGUGGUCCUCCAACGCCCAUCAGACCCAGCCAGCAUAGGCAAUAGUCAGAGAUUAUGUCCACCCUUUACCAAAAAGUUUGCUGUCUUCCCGCAACAUGUGAUUUCUACCCAAGCAGCUACUGAUAUGAACAGAUUCCGAUCAUUAUGCACUAGUUCCCCUUUCUAUUUCCAAAAGUGACAACAGAGCCAGAGCAACCAUUUGCCCAGAUAACAGUGCUGUGAAACUAAACACUGCUAUCCAAAUAUCUGUGAUCCUCUGACCAAGUCCACUGUAAAUGAAAUCAAAUUCCCUCUUCCCCACACCCCUUCCACCACGUAGGCACUAGCUCAGGCACCCCCAAACUUCGGCCCUCCAGAUGUUUUGGACUACAAUUCCCAUCACCCCUUACCACUGGUCCUGUUAGCUAGGGAUCAUGGGAGUUGUAGGCCAAAACAUCUGGAGGGCCGCAGUUUGGGGGUGCCUGCACCAGCUGCUUGUUAAAUAUGGUGAAGCUGCACAGGUGCCAAAUGCCACGAAUGAACAGAUGCCCUAACUCUUGCAGAAGUUGUGUGUAGUGGCUGCUGGAUCCAGAUUUUAAGUCAAAACACAUAUUAAAGAUCUAUUUUCUUCUAAUGUUGGUGUUUUAUUAAUCGGCAACAGUUAAGUGGGAGAAUCGUGUCUCAUCCAAAUCCUACUUGCUACCUUUUCCUCCAUAAGUAACUGCUACAUUAUAGUCACAAAAGUGAAGGAGCCAUAAUAUAGUUUUG